AUGAUUAGCCAUGAAGCAAGAGAUCCAACCCAGCCAUCACCGGAGGAUAUUACGAAGAAGCGCAAACAUGAAGAUGACAGCCAAGAUGAAUUUACUACGAAGCCAUUCGAGCUCCCAGCCCAGGAAACAGGUUUUCAACACGAUUUAGAAUCAUCUAAUCAAGUUUAUCCUGUUAGUCGUCCGAAUGAAGCCUUAUCAGGCGGCCUCACCUCCAAAUUCCACGAGGAAACCGGACGAAAUAACAAGAGAUUAAAAAAAAUCCCUAAAUCAAAUUCAGAUAAUUAUCCCACAAUCACCUUUUCAGGAGAAUGUAAACUACAGUCACAGAUCAGAAUCAGGGACUUACAGUCUCUGGCUCUUUAUAUUCUAGCAGAUGGAGAAUCGCCACAAUUUGUUUCCGUUCGGAAUCGACCGCAGAUUCGAAAGGUUGUAAUAAUUAUGGUGCCAGGCCUAGAACUCUCCAUGUUUACAGACUCAGAUAUCCGAGAUAAUUCUUCGGUUUACUCUCCGUCAGGUUAUUAUCCAAUAAAGCUUCAAUCAGAUAAGCUUACAGAGAAUUUAAAACAAUUUGCAACAAUGUUUGAUUAUGUUUGGCCUGUUAAGACACCCGGGGAUGAUAAAAAUAUGAAAAUGUAUUCUCCUCUACAAGCUAUGCUUAUCGCACCUAUUCCUAAAAGCAAGGAAGAAAAUCAAACGCAAAAAAAAAAGGGACCUUCUGUCGUAAAAGAGCCCGAAGGCUGGAAGGAUCAACGAGUUCUCAUUGCAGAGUUACUUCAUAGUCCAGAAGAACUUGUUGAAAAUGAAUACACUCUUCAUCCUGCUUCAUACAAAACUGAGGCAGAAAAACUUUCUCUACUAGAAUAUCGGCGAUCUGUAGGAACUUCGACUAAUGAUGGUUGGCUUGAUACGCACGUUGCCAUACUUGACGAUGAUGCUCGUCCUGAAUCUGGAAAUCUAAUAACAGAAGACAGCUUAGUUGGAGACUGGAAAGUGCUCGCCAUGGAUUGCGAAAUGUGCAUGACAGGGGAAUCUAAUUUUUCACUUACUAGGAUAAGUAUAGUGAGCUGGGAUGGAUCUGUACUCAUGGACGAAUUAGUCAAGCCUGCAGAGCCAAUUACGAACUACCUUACUCAAUAUUCCGGAAUAACUGAAAAUAUACUGAAGAACGUAACAACGACUUUGAGCGACAUACAAGAGAAAUUACUCAAAAUUAUUCAUUCCCACACAAUUCUUAUUGGCCAUUCUUUAAACUCUGACUUAACAGCCUUGAAGAUCACACAUCCACACAUCGUUGACACCGCAAUCAUAUUUCCUCAUCCAAGAGGCCCACCUCUCAAAUCAUCACUAAAGUUCCUUGCCCAACGAUAUUUAAAUCGUGAAAUUCAAAAAGGACACGGUGCGACUGGACCUGGCGCCGGUCACGAUUCUAUCGAAGACGCUAGGACUUGCCUUGACCUGGUCAAACAGAAAUGUGAGAAAGGAAAAGCUUGGGGGACUUUCGAGGCUUAUGGAGAGAGUAUAUUCAAACGUGUAGCCCGAACUGGAAAAAGAUUCAAGUGUCAGCAGAGUCUACCGACAGCUCAAUCUUCAGCAGGUCGGACUAGUGCUGCAGUUGACUGGGGCGAUCCACGAAAAGGGCCAGGUGCUGCUGCCGAUUUUCCCAUCAGUUGUAAAAACGAUGAUGAAGUGAUGCAAGGUGUGAUUCGCGCUGUCACAGGUGAUCCUGAUGGCAAGGAAAUACCCGGUGGCGGAGUUGAUUUUGUGUGGGCUCGCUUCCGCGAGCUCGAGGCACUUAGGGGGUGGUCGAAUAAUAAUCGGCGGGCCACGAUAGGCGCGCCUGGCUCGGAUCAAUUGACACCUGACAUAGCCAUCAAAAGCGACGAACAAACUAGUGUUUCGGCAACGACAGCUGUAUCGGAAGCCAUGGACCUCCCACUAUCUGCCCUAACCAAACCCUCAGCGCGUGCGAUAGCGGAAAUGACGCAGCGUAUUUUUGACAUCUACUCAGCCCUCCCGCCCUGUACUGCUGUGAUACUUUACAGCGGCUCCGGCUGUCCGCUCGAAAUGAGUAGAUUGCAGGCCUUGCACACUACCUUUAAGCGAGAGUACAAGACAAAGAAAUGGGAUCAAUUAAGUGUUCGGUGGACUGAUGUCGAGGAGCAGGCCUUGCGCCGAGCUUCACUUGUCGCCCGUCACGGUCUAGGCUUCGUCGGUGUGAAGUGA